UGUUGAUCUAAACAUUAUAUCAAGUUCUUGAACCAGAGCACCUAAAUUAGUCGUCCAUUUCAACCACUUUUAGUUCAUCCGUGAAUUCGGUUGCAUACCCACACAUCACUAUGGAACUCAGCCUGAUGCCGGAGACCGUCUGUAUAUUUGUCGGCAACUGGGGCAGGUCGACACUCUUUGACGACACUAGCGACAAUCUUGAGUCGAUCAUCUCACCCCGCACUGCAAUGCUCCUCGUACAGGACCUUAUCUUCCGCCCAGCACCAACUUCGUUUGCACUACCUGCUCCGAGAUCUCUCAUCGCUAUGCCGGCCGACACAAACCUAGCUCCAUUUCAGCGUCCAGAAAGCCAAGAAGACUGGAAGUUAAAGAAGGAGAUCAUCCGCAGUCUAUAUCUAGACGAGAACUUGCCACUUGAGAAACUUAUGAGCACAAUGUCAUCAACAUACUCUUUCUCGGCUACUGAGAGAAUGCAUAAGCGACAGUUGUUGAGGUGGAAUUGGAGAAGGUACAACACCAAAGGCCGCCAGCAGAGCCACAUCAACGGUGAACUUUUGGAGACUCGUUGCGGAAAGCCCACUUGUAAACGGCCGACGAGACGACGUGUGAUGGGCUUGACGGACUAGACACGGAACUCUUCAGGGCGUGGUCAUGCUUGCCAUGGUUCACGCAAAGUGGAAGAUUUCCAACAGUAUGGCGCUAUCAUUUGCCAGGCGUUUCGUACGGUUGAAACACCCAUCGACAAAGAAAGUUGCACUAUCAUCCAACUGUUGCUUCUAGACGUUCCGUGGGAACUAUUAUUCGAUGAGCGGAAUAAAGCG